GAAGCAAAACAAUCUUAGGAAUAGAAAGGAACUGGGUGCUCUAAUUCUUAGUAAAUUUAUGGUAUUAUUGACAGUCUAUAUGGUUCUGCGAGGAACAGAUAGGUUAAAAGACAAUACUGGCAUCCUCGUCAGACUCUGAAAACGGUGGAUUUUCGCCCCCACCGCGUAAAAAACAGCGAAUUGCUGAGAAUAUGCAGUCGAACGGCUGUCCACAACACAAUGGAACAAGUGGGGAACCUGCAUCGACAUCUCAACAAAACGGAGCUUGUCUGACAGUAUCAAACGGACAACAUAACGACAAUCCUUCUCAAACAAAACCCAUGUCUCAAACUGACCAAGACAUUGUUAGAUUAAUUGCUCAACAUCUGAGAGGACUUGGAUUGGACCAAACAGCUGAACAAUUGAUAAAAGAAUCGGGAUGUAUGUUAGAACAUCCAGCUGCUGCAAGACUUCGGUCCCAUGUCAUGGAUGGUGAAUGGGUUAAGGCUGAAUCUGACCUGGAGGACUUGAAAUCUCUGAUAGAAUCUUCACAUGGACUUAUUAAAAUGAAGUUCAUGAUACUUGAACAAAAGUAUUUGGAGCUUCUAGAAGAUGGUCGCGAGAUGGAGGCUCUACAUUGUCUCAGACAUGAACUGACCCCCAUGAAAUACAACACAGAAAGAGUUCAUGAACUUAGCUCAUAUAUGAUGUGUUGUAAUGCUGAAGAUUUACGUAAGACUGCUAAUUGGACUGGUAAAGGAGUCGAUUCUAGAUCUUUAUUGAUAGAAAGGUUACAAUCCUUCUUACCACCCACAGUUAUGUUACCUCCUAGACGUUUGCUGACAUUACUUAACCAGGCGGUAGAACUACAGAAAGAUAAAUGUCCAUAUCACAAUACCAAGAUUGAUAACAAUCUGGACGCUGUAUCAUUGCUCAUUGACCAUGUUUGUAGCAGAGAACAGUUUCCGUCCACCACAAUACAGAUAUUAACUGACCACUGUGAUGAAGUUUGGUUCUGUCGUUUCUCACCAGAUGGCACCAAAUUAGCCACAGGAUCAAAAGACGGUUCCUUGAUCAUCUGGGAAAUAGACAUGGUCACAUAUGAACUUAAACACAGACGAUCAUUUGAGAAUCAUGCUUAUGGUGUUUCAUUCAUUGCCUGGAGUCCAGAUAGUACACAUAUAUUGGCAUGUGGCCCUGAUGACUGCUCAGAUCUAUGGAUGUGGAAUAUAGAGACUGGGACUUUACGAUUUAAAAUGAGUCAGUCUCAGGAAGAUAGUUUAACUACUGCAGCUUGGCAUGCCGAUGGGAAAAAGUUUGUCACUGGUGGAAUUAGAGGACAGUUUUAUCAAUGUGAUUUAGAUGGAAACAUUAUGGAUUCCUGGGAGGGUGUACGUGUACAAAGUAUGGCGUUCCAGGUAGAUGGGAAAUACGUAUUAGCUGCUGAUACCCACCAUAGAAUAAGGGGAUAUAACUUUGAUGAGUUAACAGACUUUAAUAUAAUUCAAGAAGAUCAGCCAAUCAUGUCUUUCACAUUAAAUGAACCAGGACGACUAGCUCUGCUAAAUGUAGCAACCCAGCUUUUCAGAGUAGAGGGUGUUCAUUUAUGGGAUAUUAAAGAUAAACUUUUAUUAAGAAAAUUCCAAGGAGUAACACAAGGAUUUUAUACAAUACAUUCCUGCUUUGGAGGAUUAAACCAAGAUUUUGUAGCUAGUGGAAGUGAAGAUCAUAAAGUUUACAUUUGGCAUUUAAGACGUGAGAUGCCUAUAUCUGCAUUAGAAGGACAUUCACGAACUGUUAAUUGUGUUCAUUGGAAUUCUAAACUUCCAGGAAUGUUAGCCAGUGCUUCAGAUGAUGGAACUGUAAGGAUAUGGGGACCCAUGGAUAAACUUAAAACCAGUAAUGGCUGUGAAGAAUCAGGCAGAAGUACACCUGUAUAACAGUACAUCAUCUGUAGUUUUAGCAGCAAAUUACCUCUGUGAUCUCAUUGGCCAUAACUCAUUUAGGAACAACAACAAAUCGACUGUGUCAUUGAACAUCUACACCAGAAACAACUAAUCAAUUGUGUCUUAUAAAACAUCUACAUCAGGAACAACAACAAUUCAACUGUGUUAUCAACAUUAUCUACACCAUGUUCACUGGGAACUACAUCACAUCAACUGUCAUUUUCAAUAACUACACUGGGAACAUCAAAUCAAUUGUGUCAUAUAAAUCGACUGUGUCGUUUUCAUCUACAUGAGGAACAAAAAAUCAACUGUGUCAUUUAAAAUAUCUUUAACAUCUAAAACAGUAACAACAAAUCUAUUGUGUCAUAUAAAAUAUCUAUAACAUCUACACCAGGAACGACAACAAAUGAACUGUGCUAUCUACAACUUUUACUUGAGGAACAACAAAUUUGUUGUGUCUUAUAAAUAAAAUAUCUGCUCCAGCAACAAGAUCUACACUGGGAACAACAACAAAUCAACUGCCAUUUAUAACAUCUACUGCAGGAACAUCAAAUCCAUUGUGUCUUGAAAAUCAUCUACACCAACACUUAGAAUGACAAAUCAAUUGUGUCAUAUAUAUAUAAAUAUCAACUAUACCGGUAAUAACAACAUCAAUCUUGUCAAUUUUAACAUCUAAACAUAUCAAAUACAUUAACGCAUUCUAAGCUAAGUUGUAUGGAACAAUCUUGUUACAAUCUAUAACUUGGCAGUUUUGUCCGUUUGUGACAACUUGCAAAAGCUAGGAUGUUGACUCUGACAAAGCUUGUCUUUAUCAAUUUAGCUUUGCAUUUGAUUCCUAUAGUUCCCAAUUUAUUGCCUAAUUUUUGUCAUUUUGGUUUCACAUUUUAUACCCUUUUUGUUAUAUUCCAUCCAAUAAACAAUGGUAUCCACAAGACCACACAGAUUAAUGAUUCCACAGUACACUGUCAUAAUUCUGAUAUUUCAUUUCAAAGUAAGUCUGUUUUAACAUUUUACUUAGUAACUGCUGAUAUAUUGUAGAAUAUGAAAUAAGGUCUAAUAUCAGUCAGCUAAUUAGUGACAUCUGGUAUAACUGAGAAAAGAUAGUUCAAUAUGUGAACUUCAACCUUGACCUCACAUACUUAUA